AUCCAAGAUGUCCUACUAUUUCACCAUCAUCGGCACGCGCGACAAUCCUCUCUUCGAGCUGGAAUUUGGGACGUCCAAGGUAGGCGGCGAUGGCAUCGCACGCUUUCGAGAAGAAGCGAAGCAUAUGAACCAGUUCAUUGUGCAUGCUGCAAUUGAUCUCGUCGAAGAGGCACAAUGGAGCACCAAAGAGCUCUACUUGAAGAAAGUCGACUCUUUCCAGAACAACCAUAUACAUUGUUUCCUGACAGGGGGGAAUGUGAAGUUCAUGCUCCUCAUGAAUCCUGACCCGAGCGCAACGGCAUAUUCCAACUAUCAAGCACCGCCUUCGAGACCGAGCACAGCAAGGCAGAGCACCUUAAUCGCCAACAACCCGUCUAGUCAGCAGACGGAAGAAGCUGUGAGGCAGUUUAUGACGGAGGUAUACGAAGCCUGGAUGAAGUGCAUCAUGAAUCCGUUCCACAAUGUGAACCAGCCCGUCACCAGUCCCGUGUUUCGAAGCAGAGUUGCGACCGCGGCGAAGAAGUAUCUCUGAGCUCUACAUGCCAUUACUUAUCGCAUCGGCACACCUACGUCUACUACCUGGCAUUUCAAUCACCAAGGAGAGCUCCGAGCAACUGAAAGGAGCCUAGAGAGACUUUCGUUCGUCCUGCACUACUCACUAGUAGUGUCUUGAAGAAGUCAAAGCCCUUGAAUCGAGAAAAUGGUGCUCGUGAAGAAGGCAGUCUGACCGCCUCACACAUGCCGGAGAGUGAAGUCAGAGGAAGACUGGACGAUGUCAGGAGGUAUGGAUCCACCGAUGUCGACGAUCUUUUCUGGUCAGUGGUAGAGUGAAAUCCAAAGUCCAGCAAACGAACAUUGGUUCGCCCUGCAUCGGGGGCGUCUUGGAACAGGGGAAAUCAGCAGGUAUUGAGAAGCUCAGCUGACCCGCCAACCACGCUCCGUGGAUCAAAACAAUAAGCCGUAGAUCAGGAGGAGGAGAUAGUGGGCACUGUAUCCACCGCAAGGAAGGACGCGAGAGCCCUUGGAGAACUGCAAUCCAUCGUGCUCGAAUGAUGAAGAAUGAAUGUCUACAUGCAAUUAUAUGCGCC